AUGAUCAGGCGAGCAAUUGACUUGCACCUUGAUUCAGCUUUUCGAGCAUGGCAGUUAUUGGUAGAAUUGCCAGCCAACACAACGUCGUAUCGAAAUCUCUCCAUUCUGUUGCAUUUAAGUCUGUUUUACCAAGCUAUGCAGGAGUGCCUGAACCUCAAUGAACUGAUGGCGAACCAUGUAUUUGAUCCAAAUGAAAUCGUGCUGACUAACCUUACAGGACCAAACGCCACAAUGUUGUAUGAAUGGUGUCAAGAAGGAGAGUCCGCACUGUUCUAUGAUGUGUUCUAUCUGAUGUAUGAAAAUUCAAGGGAGAAGUAUAUUUCGCACUGUUUCACUGCAUAUAUACACCCAACUUUGUUAGCUGUAAACUGUGUAUGUGUUCUUUGUUCCAUCGUUGGUCUCUAUGGUCUGGACAGGCGCAUCAGAUCCAAAAAGCGCGUUUCUGAAAGGCAUAUCAACCAACCACGUCAUCCAGCGACGUGGCUUCUUUUACUGUGGUAUGCGAAUUUUGCGUUAGUUUGGUUGGUUGUAUUUGAUGGAAGUCAGGUGAUCCACUAUCACAUACCUUGGGUGUUUGAACCAAAACUGCACAAUGCCAGCUGCGGAAUAAUUAAUUUUUCUCAUAAUUUAUUCCGUUACAUUCCCACCUGGUUGCUCUGUCUAACAUUGUUUGAUCGUCUGGUGGGAGAAUAUCGAUCAGGAAAGUGCGGUCCGGUUGUACCAAAAACGCCAUCACGACUGCUUUUGCCAAGACUCUCCGUUAAAAUGACAAGGCAGAAUUCACCACGUUCUCUAAUGCCCUGUGGCGACAGGACUAUGAACACCGUGGGCUCUCUUGCUUUAAGCAUGCGGUACAUUAUCACAAACGAAUAUCACCAUGCAAAUUCACAUCAUGCUAUAGCCUCAACAAACAGAUGCCGACACCCGACCACUCGCCACAGAAACAGCUGUCCAAUAUCGAUAAUCACAAACCAGAGAACAUUAGCGCUCGGCAAAUCCAAUCAGAACGCUAACAUUCAAGUGGGUCUUGGGCGAACUGGGGGAGCCUUCAUAACUGCGGGUGCCAUUACAUGCAUCACAUUUUUAAAUACGCAUUUGAUAUGGUUAUAUGUUUUUGGAAAUUCUAACUGCGUAAUCCAGCCUGGGAACUCCCUUUUCUUUGGAAUCAUCUACCCUCGAUUACUUGAGGUUAUGCAGCUGGUCUUACCACAAAUACUGCAACUGAUAUGUUUGGUCCAGAUCGGAAUUUUGGCCCAAGUGAGACGAGCUGCGAAAGGUCACUCAAGAACCAAUUCAGAUACGGAUGGGUUGAUUCUGGUUACACCCACUCAGCUGGUAACUAUGUUAUCUGGUUUGACUCUUGUAUUCGAGCUUCCUGCUGUAAUUAAGUGGAUUAUGGAUCAGCAAUCUCAUUCUGCCUUUCUUAAAACUGAUGAGACGUCCCCGAUGAUUAAUUGGGACCUCAUUCAAUGGACUGACACAAACGGUACGAUGCGACUGGCAGAUAUUCAGAAAAGUUCUUUGGUUGAAGAAAAAAUGAAACAGAUGAAGCAAGAACUACUUGCUUCCGUGUUUGUUCGUACAUUGGAAAAUCAGCGAUUCAUAUGUCUGCUCCCUUGUCUACUUUGUUUUAGUCGAAUCUUCCGACAUUCUCUUGGAUGCAAGAUUCGGCUGCUGUGGCGCAAGGUGAUUCGUAGAUCUCAUCAUGAAAGUGGAGUGAUUUCCUGUGACUGA